AUGACGGACGAUCGCAAGCCCUCUGUGGUGCUCGAGGCCCACGAGGUCGACACCUACCAUGUCCCCAAGGCAUUCCACGACAAGCACCCGACCGGCACCCACAUCAAGGACAUCGACGAGUACAACAAGCUCUACGAUGAGUCCAUCAAGAACCCCGACACCUUCUGGGCUCGCAUGGCCCGCGAGCUCCUCACCUUCGAUCGCGACUUUGAGACCACCCACUUCGGCUCCUUCGAAAACGGCGACAACGCCUGGUUCGUUGAGGGUCGCCUGAACGCCUCCUACAACUGUGUGGACCGCCACGCCCUCAAGAACCCCGACAAGGUCGCCAUCAUCUACGAGGCCGAUGAGCCCAAUGAGGGCCGCACCAUCACAUACGGCGAGCUGCUGCGUGAGGUCUCCCGCGUCGCCUGGGUGCUUAAGCAGAGCGGUGUCAAGAAGGGCGACACCGUCGCCAUCUACCUGCCCAUGAUUCCCGAGGCCGUCAUCGCCUUCCUCGCCUGCUCGCGCAUCGGUGCCGUGCACUCCGUCGUCUUCGCUGGCUUCUCCUCCGAUUCUCUCCGGGAUCGAGUGAUUGACGCCCAGUCCAAGGUGGUCAUCACCACGGAUGAGGGCAAGCGCGGUGGCAAGGUCAUUGGCACCAAGCGCAUUGUCGACGAGGCCCUCAAGCAGUGCCCUGAUGUCACCACGUGCCUGGUCUACAAGCGCACUGGUGCGGAGGUUCCCUGGACCGCGGGCCGUGAUCUGUGGUGGCACGAGGAGGUCGAAAAGUACCCCAACUACCUGGCCCCGGAGUCGAUGAACUCCGAGGACCCGUUGUUCUUGCUCUACACCUCCGGGUCGACUGGCAAGCCGAAGGGAGUCAUGCACACCACUGCCGGGUACCUGCUCGGCGCGGCUAUGACCGGCAAAUACGUGUUUGAUAUCCACGAUGAUGACCGUUACUUCUGCGGUGGUGAUGUUGGCUGGAUCACCGGUCACACCUACGUGGUCUACGCUCCGCUGCUCCUCGGCUGUGCGACUGUCGUUUUCGAGAGUACCCCGGCCUACCCCAACUUCUCCCGGUACUGGGAUGUCAUCGACAAGUACGACGUGACCCAGUUCUACGUUGCCCCCACCGCCCUGCGUCUGCUGAAGCGCGCGGGGAACGAGCACAUCCACCACAAGAUGAAGUCGCUCCGGAUCCUGGGCUCUGUUGGUGAGCCCAUUGCCGCCGAGGUUUGGAAGUGGUACUUUGAGUCGGUUGGCAAGGAGGAGGCUCACAUUUGCGAUACCUACUGGCAAACCGAGACGGGUUGUAACGUGAUCACUCCUCUGGGCGGUGUCACCCCCACUAAGCCCGGCAGUGCCUCCCUCCCCUUCUUUGGCAUUGAGCCCGCGAUUAUUGAUCCCGUUUCCGGUGAAGAGAUCACUGGGAACGACGUUGAGGGUGUCCUCGCCUUCAAGCAGCCCUGGCCCAGCAUGGCCCGCACCGUUUGGGGUGCGCACAAGCGGUACAUGGAUACUUACCUGAACGUCUACAAGGGAUACUACUUCACCGGAGAUGGCGCUGGCCGCGAUCACGAGGGCUACUACUGGAUCCGCGGUCGUGUCGACGAUGUCGUCAACGUCUCUGGUCACCGUCUCUCCACCGCCGAGAUUGAGGCCGCCCUUAUCGAGCACCCCAUGGUCGCCGAAGCCGCCGUCGUUGGUAUCACCGACGAGCUGACUGGCCAGGCUGUCAACGCCUUCGUCUCCCUGAAGGACGGUAAGGAGACCACCGAUCAGGUGCGCAAGGAUCUGGUCGCGCAGGUUCGCAAAUCGAUUGGUCCCUUCGCGGCCCCCAAGGCCGUGUUCGUGGUCGACGAUCUCCCCAAGACCCGCAGCGGCAAGAUCAUGCGCCGUAUUCUGCGCAAGAUUCUCAGCGGCGAAGAGGACAGCCUUGGUGACAUCUCGACACUGUCCGAGCCCGCUGUUGUGGACAAGAUCAUUUCCACUGUCCACGCUGCCCGCGGCAAGUAA